AAAAUGAAACAGAUUUGAAUUUGUUGUGUUGACUGCAAAUGCAUUCUUUUCGCUUAUUUAUUUAUUUGAUUCAAAUAUUUAAAUAAACACAAAAUAAACAAUUACAAUGGAACUAAAUAACACCAUACAACCUAUUUGUCAAGCUUGUCUUAAAUAUUCCACAGAAUACAUUGAAAUGAACACUCUAGUUAUGGGCAGAAGCGUUGAAGAAUCUCCAACUUAUUUGGAAUGCUUCAGAGAAUGUACACAACUAGACAUUGCAGGAGGAGACGGACAAACAAAGCAUAUUUGUAUUCCAUGCUCCAAAGAACUACAUAUUGCUUAUGGGUUUAUAGUCAAAGUCAGAAUUGCACACGGUAUUCUAAAUAAACAAAAUGUUAACCAAAAUCAUAAUUGGAAAGAGCAAGGUAGUGAUAUGAAUGCUGCUGCACAUGCACACCAAAAUGAACCGGCCUACAGUUAUUUUGACUUGGAUAAACUUGUCAUAGAAGAGAUCAUUGAGAAUCCUCAACAGCCUGGUGUGCAAUUCAAUUCAAAAUUCUACCCGUCAUCUUCGGCUUCGGUUAAUGCAUCUCGUCAAUCCAAUGUUACUGAAGAAAAAACUAAAAAAUCCAAUAAAACCAACAAUAGAAAAAGAAAGGCUAAUAAUAAUAAUACCGUCACAUCUGAUCAUCAACAGAAAGAUGAUGAUGAUGUUCCAGUAAAUAAUUCUUCUAAGAAAAAAUGUAAUCGCCCAAAAAAUCCAGAUCAAUGGAAAAAAAACGUUUUAAAAAGAAAAAGAAAUACUGGGGAAGCAUACCAAAUACAGUCAAGCAACAAAAUCAGAGAAGAAAGAAAAGUCAGAGAAGGAUGUUCAGAAAAAUGCAAAUUAAAAUGUCCAUCAAAUUUCAAAGAAGAUGAUAGAAAUAAAAUCUUUCAAGCUUAUUGGUCCAUGGGUGAUAUACAAAAACAAAGAGAAUUCAUUCACAAAAAUAUGAGCAUUAUUUCGCCAAAAUACAGAUACACUAAGAAUGCAGAAAAACCAAGAGACAACAACAAUGCAUUUUUUUUUAGUAAAAAUAUUAAAAAACUUCGGGUUUGUAAGACGUUUUUUAUAAAUACUUUAGAUAUAAGUAAUCGUAUAAUAAGAACCGUUCAGGAAAAGCGAAAGAAAAUGUAUGCAAGUAUGCAACUUGAACCAGAUAUGCGAGGUAAAAGUAAAGCAAAACAAAAAUUAAAAUAAGUUUUGUGUGAAAGAGGAUUUGAAAAUGUAUCGGUUCCAUUUGUAAACAAGAAACUCAUUCAUUAAAUUAUCGAUGGUUCUCAUUGGGAUUAUGUUGCUUAUCUAUGACUGGUAAAUUAAGUAAAACGAUGAACAAUGGAGUGCUUUAUGAAAAAAAACUGAAAACAACUAAAACAUUUUAUGAGAAGCC